CCAAAGUACACAGCCUCCGCGAUUGCAGUGGUGUGCUCUUUCGGUUCCCUCCACCGUCGCCGUCGUCGUCGCCGUCGCCGUCGUCGUCCUCGUCGUCCUCGACGUCGCCUGGCACCCAUUCCUCGCGACCCCGCGCAAGUAGCAACAGUCAGUACGGCCACAGACCACUGCUCUCCACACGUCGCACAAGGGCAGUACACGACACAUCGGAACCAGCAGGAAUCCCCUGGGCCAUCGGCACCAUGAAACUUACGUUGUUCACAAUAUUAGCCCUCUGUAUAAUAGCCGCCUGCAGAUCAGCCGAAGAGGAGUAUGAUUACGAAGAGGAGGCAGUAGCGCCGGUGACGCCGGCGCCGACGAAGCCAGCAGGUGGUCGACUUGGAGGACUUUUAUCCACGAGAGGACGUGCCAACGUAGCAAGCGUAGGAAAGAAAAGACCAGCGGCUCACUCAACGACAUCGAAACCGGUAGAACAAGCGUCCGUGGAAGAUGAAGUGGAGAAUGAGGAUGCGCUUGAAGAAAGUCAGGAACAUGAAGCUCCUACGACGACGACUGAAUCAGCGAAGAAACCUCGAAACGGUGGCGUCAGGCCCUUCAGAUCGAACGAGGAUCUUUUGGCUGCCUUGAAGAGGAGAAGAGCUCAGACUGGAUCCAGCGGUCACACACGGGAAACUGCCACGCAUUCUGCGGUGGAACAUACAACCCCCAAAGCAAAAGCUACCACGAAUAAUCGCAACAAGGCUAGUACAGGCGGCGAAGCGAGAACAUCCGGACGCGGCAGGUUCGGAGGAAGAGGAAGCAAGACUGUCCAGGAGGAGGUCGAGGAGACCCAGCGGGAAGAGAUCCAAGUGAAACCUAAAGCCAGCUCUUAUCGCAGGAGUCAACGCGCCUAAACCUUUAUUGACCUUUUGGAGCACGCAAUCGAAUUCGACGACGGCGAAUUAUCAGCGCUCGAGACCCGUCGUCUCUCGUCAUUGUAAAGCUUAAAAGUAAAACGACCUCAACUCCUGCGUGAAACGCCGCGGAUUCCGAGCAAUGGUUCAACACGUUCCCGCGAACUUUCAGUAACAGAAUUAACAUUAAACGAACGAUCGUAAUACAUUUUGCGCCGCGAGCCACGCGGAGACAUCGCGCCUUUCUCAAAAAACGGCAAUUUCGUUCACGUGUCGUCGUACGGUAUCAAAAAAUAUGAGCGAUCGAGGGGAAAGUUGGGAGGAGCGAGCGUAUAAAUCGGUUAUUACGAUAGCUGUUAAUUCGGAGGAAUCGUUCUUCCCCUCGCCAGCAAGUUUGCCAACCGUCGCGUGCAUGUGAAGAGAUGGAAAGGUGAUGUGUACAUAGCAAAACCACUGCCGCUCGUCAAGUACUUAAAUCUCAACUAUUGUAUAAAUGUAAAUUAAUGUAACAAUAAAGUUUCUGGAAAGUAA